ACUCGCUGCCAUGCCCCGCGGUUUGUGGUAACCUUUCGAAAACUUCUUCUCUUGCUUGAUUCAUUGAACGGCUUCUUUCAAUCUUUGCGCACUACAUGACUCUAAUGACUGUACACUCAGUAGCACUGAAGUGUUGUGGUAUUCGAGUUCGACGAAUCUUCCACGCCGGUUCAUCGCUACUUCCUUGCUUGAGCCACAGUGCUUGUGAACCAUUGUUACCCAAAUGCUCGCGGCUCGCAAGGAUUUCCGCGUAGAUGUGCCGGCGGCAGCAUCGUCUCGGUUAGAUCCGAGUUGUUCUGCUAGUAGUAUUUUUUGUUCAGCUGUGCUUCGACGGUAGCAUGAACGAGCAAGAGGCCGAGCGGCGUGUGCUGGCUCUAGCCGCUCGCGUUGUGCACACGGACGACGCUGAUCUACCCGCAGUGCUGCUGGGUAUCCAAGACGUCCUGGAUGCAUGUGCGCUGGGCAGCCGGGCAGCUAAGCUGGCCCGGAGGCAGGUGUUCGAGUGCCAGCUGGCUAGCAUGUGCGUGGACGCGAUGGGCCUGGACUUCGAGCGGUGUCGCGGCGGAUGGACGUCGGCGGGACAGCUACCCCUACUGCUGGUGAAUUGCUGCAUGGAUGCGGGGCUACAGGGAGACGAAGAGUUCGAGCAGAGGCUACUGCCCGCGGCCGUGCAGAUGUUCCUGUCGUUGCUGCAGCGCAUACAACAGCGAUACAUGACAGUGCGGCAAGACGCGGCGGCAGCAGUCACUGCGGCUCGUAGUCAUGGCGGUGACACACACGGACCGGGACGCGGAGACCCGACGGCGGAGCGCAAAUCUCUCCAGCGUGCCCUGGUGCAUGUAGGCGAUGCACUGGCCGCACUCUGCAACUGGAAACAGACGCUGACCUCGGCGGCGGUGGCGUCCGGUAAAUGGCUAGCCAUUCUGUCGUUCGCUAGCCCCAGCGUGGGCGUGAUCGCACUGAACACUCUGCUGCGGAUCAUACAUGUAGCGUCCGCGCAGCAACUGGAACGCGCCGGAACGGAGCACUGGUGCUCUCUACUGGAUAUCCUGGUGUUACAGAUCAUUGCCGGUUCGGUGGACGUCGUCGGCGAGGACGCUAUCAGCCUAGACAUACAAAGCAGCAUGGAAAGUGUGGCUUCACACGCCGCAGUGUCACACCAGCGAGGGCGACAACCGAGUACGAGUGUCCGCGGCAGCAAGAAACGUCGCGUGCAGCUCGCCUGCAGCAUCGUGAGCCGCCUGCUCUCCGCCGGCGCCGUCUCCACGGAAACGCUGGGACGGCGGUACUACGCGGCGCACGACCGCGUGAGCCAGUGGAUUGGCUGGGGUUUCGACGACGUGCUCGGUGUGCUGUUGAAGACUCUCCGACGGGCAUCGGCGCGUGUGAAGCGCGCCCAGCAAAAGGAGGAAGCCGCCACUCGCAUUCAGUCGCGAUGGAGAGCUCACAAACAGCAGCAAAACUGGCAGAAGACGUGCGCAGCGGCGUUGCUGCUGCAGCGAUGGUGGAGAACAACCAAGCAACGCCGCACCAUCAAGACCAGCGAGGCGAAGCGCUCGUUCGCCACAACCUACCGCAGCUCGCUCUCCCGCAAGCGUUCGUCGGUACAUCGACACAAGGCCAAGGCCUCGACGCUGGGAGUCGUCAACACCGAUGGAGUCGGUCAGUUCCUGGCUGUGCAGGCCGCGCUUACUCUGCAGCGGUGCUGGCGAGGUAGACAAUGCCGCCUGCGCUUGGAUCACGAGCGGAGCUACGCUGCUGAGCUUAAACGCCAGCAUGCCGCGCAACGCAUUCAGCGCACGUAUCGAACGUACCGCUCGCGACGCCAGCGAAACCGUGAUCUGGUGCGAGCGGACAGAGCCAAAUCGUCGCACGCCCCGUCCGUCCGCGUUCACGACCUGAUCGCUGACAUACCGGACGCUCGACGCAUGGAGCUGCAGCAUGAGAUCACGCGAUAUCGCCAGGCACAUGCGGGGGCAGCGUUCACAACGGGCGACGACCUGCAACGACUGCACGAUGACACGCAGAGCGCAUGGCAUAGAUACAGCACAGUGACUGCAGUGCAGUGUGAGCGCCUACUCGAGCGCAUCAAGCUACUACGCACUCGUACCGUCACCGACCUGGACACUCUUGGCUCCGCUUCUACCCGCACACUCACCUCAGUGCUGGAUGGUGAUUCCAGUGGUGUUACUAUAGCGACAUUCACGUCCCAUUCCGCCGCGGUGCAGUCGGUCGCUCGGCGCAAGCACGAGGACAUGCUACGCGCGACGAAGCUACGCUGGUGGGAGCAUCCGGUGACCUCGGCUGACGAUUGGCCGGUGUGAUGGUUUUCAUGACGGGAGUGUGUAUGUGACGGUUGCCAUGGCACUCAUGUAGAUCGACAUAUCUGCCAUGGCGCAUGUGACGGCUUCCAUGGCGAGUGUGCCGGACCUGACAUCUCUGGGAUGUGAUCACCAUGCACUGCUAAGUGUGGAAAACUGACACUUCGAAGAUGUGAUUAUCACCAUGCAAUGUUGAGUGUGUACCUCACACCUCUGGGAUGCAAUGUCGCCAUGGCCUGCUAAGAAGCAUACAUGCUUGUCCUCCGAGACACUACGCACAUUGCACGGCACUGCAACUCUUUUGUAGCGGUGACUAUAAUACUCUAUACCGGUAACCAAGGAUACCUGAACCAGAAUGAACCAGUCGGCAUCAGUUUCGGUUAUGGGAUUCAGCGCUUACGGCACGCCUGGACCGCGGAUCAUCGGUACUGCUCUCCAUGACUACCGUGUUGCACUGUGUCAAUUGGACCAAUCAAAUCAGUAGCAGCCGAAGCUUGCCAUCAUCGAAAUGACGUAGAUGAUGAGCUCCAUCCCUCUCGAUUAGGCACGGACUAAAACCAACGCAAACGUUUUUAAGGGUUUGCAGUACAUUCCUAAAAAGCUGUCAAAAAACUGUGUAUUCAUACUCGAAUCAUAGUACAUGUUCAUGUUAAUUCAGCCAGUAUCAGGGAAUCAAUUAGGCCAGCUCAUUUUCCAAAACUCAACACUUGAGCUUGAAAUUGCCAUUUUAUUAGCCAGAAACAUGCACACACCUUGGUUGUGCGCAGAAUGUCCCCUCCCAUCACACUAGCUCGUCUCCACCAACCAUAACAUUAAAUCAGGCCGGAAUGUCUCCACCAGCAACAA